GGCGCCGGCUUGUCCGCCGUCGGGCGUGGCCUCUCGGAAGGUGAGUGAGGCGUGCCCCAUUCUCGGGCGCUCGGAGAACCAUGAUUUUCCGGCGGCUGCUGGCAGCCCUGCUGCACAACCCGCAGCUGGUGGAGCGGCUGUCCGAGUCGCGGCCUAUCCGGCGGGCGGCACAACUCACGGCCUUCGCGCUGCUGCAGCUGCAACUGCGCGGCCACGGCGCGGUCCGCCGUCUGCGCGCCCUCGCGGAUCAGCCCUUAGGCUCCUUAGGUCGCCGCGCCGCCCGGUUCAAAGACACCUUCACCCAGGAACUCCGCCGCGGCCUCCGGGACCGACCAGGCUCACCCCCAGGCCAUCAGAAGGGCCCGGGCGCCAACGCAUAACCACAGACUGGACUCUCCCGGGCCUAGGUCACGUCCCCCAUUCCAGUGAUCUACACCGACCUUAGCAUUCAUGAGUCAUCUCUGGCACGAUGCACGGCUUCUAAUCCUAAUCCUGACGCGGAUUGUCAACAUGCAGAUGCCUAAGGUCAAAUGGACACGUGCGUGGUAGUCCUGUAACUAGGCAGGACAUAAAGACUCCGAAGGCCACCAGAGAUAAGAAUCUCUACCAAAACAUAACUUGACUGAGAACCAUGGACAACCAACCAGGAAGCCUGCCUCCUACAAGCGGGACUGAAGCGGGAUAAAUGCUUCUGCAUCUGCCCUGGUGCAGGAGAAUACCAGGGGAGAUGAUGGAUGGGGUGACAACCCGAGGUUGCCAAAUUCUGAUUAAAUGUGUAAGCUGAUCGAUAAGUCUGAAG